AGUCACAAAAUUAAGGUAGGGAAAACACAAUGGGAGCUUCAUUGACUGAAGUAGGAUCGAAGCUUGCUGGACUAAUGUUCAUAUGGGGCACAAUUCAGUAACUAUUCCCUCAAAUACUCUGCAAACGAAUCGAAUCCUUCUGGAAUCGACUCGAAAAUUACUUGUAUCCUCAUGUUCAGAUUACGAUUGACGAACUCACCAAUGGAAAAAUGAACCAAGUUUACAGACAUGUCGACACUUAUUUGUUUAGCAAGUCCGUCGACACUGGUGCUAAGUAUCUCAAAGUUGAAAAACCCAAAAACAGCAAGUCUUUCUGUGUUAUGUUGGACGAAGGAGAAGAAAUCAUUGAUGAAUUCGAAGGAGCUACAUUCUGCUGGCGCUCUCACAUUGAAACGUUCGAUGAUAAUUCUCAGGGGAGUAAAAAAAAAACCCAGCCUAGUCAGAAGAAAAGUUACAUAAUUACAUUCAAUAAGCAACAUCGAGAGAUUGUCAUCGGAAAAUACUUGAAACAUGUGAUUGAAGAAGGCAGGGCAAUUGAGUUCAAGAAUAAGAAGCAGAAGAUUUAUUGUAACGAUAGAAUGCCUUCUUGGUGGGCGUGUUACAACUCAAUGUGGAAGCAUAUCAAUUUUGAGCACCCUGCAACUUUUGAUACUCUGGCUAUGGAUCCUAAGAAGAAAGCGGAAAUAAUCGACGAUCUCAUUGCUCUCACCAACGGGAAGGAUUAUUAUUCCAAAGUUGGAAAGGCGUGGAAGCGCGGUUAUCUUCUUUAUGGCCCACCAGGAACUGGAAAAUCAACUAUGAUUGCAGCAAUUGCAAAUUACUUGAACUAUGAUAUUUAUGAUCUUGAGCUAACUUCUGUAAAGGAUAACUUAGAACUUAAGAAGUUGCUCAUGGAAAUAACAAGCAAGUCUAUUAUUGUCAUUGAAGACAUUGAUUGUUCCGUUGAUCUCACUGGAAAGAGAAAGAAGGCAAAAAAGAAUAAGAAGAAGGAUGACUCAGAUUCCGACUCAGAUUCCGAUUCUGAUUCAGACUCAGACUCAGACUAUGAAGGCAAAAAAAAACUCACACUAUCAGGGUUGUUGAAUUUCAUUGAUGGCAUUUGGUCAGCUUGUGGUGAAGAGAGAAUUAUUAUAUUUACCACUAAUCAUGUGGACAAACUUGAUCCAGCUUUGAUACGUAGAGGACGCAUGGAUAUGCACAUUGAGAUGUCGUAUUGCAGAUACGAAGCAUUCAAAGUGUUGGCUAAGAAUUACUUGGGCAUUGAUACACAUCCUUUGUUUCAAGAGAUUCAACCUUUACUAGAGGAAGUAAACUUGAGUCCUUGUGAUGUCGCUGAGACCUUGAUACUAAAGAAUACUUCGGGAGGGAUUGAGAUUUGCUUGAAUAACUUGAUUCUGGCUUUGAAAGAUUCCAAGGAGAAGGCAAUACAAGAGGCCAGGGAGAAGGAAAAACAAGAUUCGGAAGAAAAACCAAAGAAGAAUAAAAAGUUAAAAAAAAUUUAUGGCCGUUUUAAAAAGCUUUUCAGAUGAUGUUUUCAUAUUUUAUCUUAGGUACUAGUAGUUUUAUUAUAUUGUUAUGUAGGAGUGUACUCAGUUUUGUUUAUUAUGAUUCAUUGUUGUUUAUAAUUUUGAUUGUUUUCUUACUUGCAAACUCAGUACAGUAAAUUUUUGGAUCCUUAAUUAUUUAUCCUCGAUUUUCGCCUUCUGAACGAUUAGUUCAUGAUCCAAAUAAAACUUUUCUGUUCAUUACAGUGACAGCUGAUGAUUCUACAUGACAAAAAUGAUCAACAGAGAAAGCUUUAGCAAUAAUUUAAAGAGUAUGUUUGGUUAGACAAACACAAGUGUGAAAAUACAAAAGGAAAAGAGUACAACGUAACAGCAUCUUAUUUUUUCUAGAACUAGAACUGAUUGUUGGAAGCAACCUCUCUACUAUCUACCCUACAAAGGUAGUAGGGAUAAGGUUUCGGUACACUCCACCCUCCCCGAAACCCAAACUAGGUAUGUUGUGUUAUUGU